GCCAUCUUGAAUGUAAAAAUGCAAGCUAAUCACCCCAUGAGGAAUACACGCAAUCAAAUGUUGGAACAAUGCUGCAUUCCGAUUGGACAAACGAUGUUCCAAGAUGUUCCAACAUUAGCAAUCCCUUGACGCUGAUUGGACGAGAUUGUUCCAACAUUGUUCCAACAUUGUUCCAAGAUGGAUCUAUAGAUAUACGUAUAUACAUGCUGAAAAAUAGUCAAGUUAUGUUCACAGUUCUUUGUUGACACUUCCAGAAACACCAUCUGAGUAUCCAAUGACAAGCACUAUCCCCAAUGAAGACUCACCGGCCAACCCAACAUUGAUGGAGCCACUGGACCAUGAAAAAUCUGAUGAAGCUGUAAGUAAAAUGACACCAGGAAAUUAAAAUUGUGCUGAUAAAUUAACCCAUUAACUGGCAAUGUGCCCAAAUGCGCCCUACUUUAGUAUUUACUCUGUCUAACGCCAUACAAUUUUACUCAUCAGUAGUAGAGCACUGCCAGUAAAUGGGUUAAUAAAGGACUAUUUAAAUGUUAAUUUUAGGAUGAUGCUGUUGGCCCAGGUGGUAUUCAAGGUUGGGCAGCAAUCAAGAACUUGGCUUCCUCCUUGUUUCACCUUAAAGACAAGUCUGUUUUGACUGGAGCAGAAGCCAACAACAUCAUCAGCUUGUGGGAGAAACUGCCAGAAGGUUUGAAAAGUUCAAAAGUGGCAUACCCACCCCGGUAUAGACCAGACUCAACCCAUACAGGUAGAUUCAAACAAACAAAACCACCCUCGCCAUACACCCAGACAGUCACACCUGGACUUGUGAGUCUAAGAAGGUAAAAUAUGCAACACAUACAAAAGUAACCAACCUACUUGUUCAAAUCUAAUUUCCAUAACAAUCCUUUAGAGCAAUGGUUGGAGGAGACUCAGGACCGGCAACAGCUGUCGAUGUCAGUCCAGUUGUGGAGCAACUUGUUUCCCAGCUGGAAAAACACUUUGUUUCCCCCAUUAAAGUUGACGGGAGAUCAGUGUCAAGGUGGAGACGGAUACUGACCAGCUACCGUAACAUCAGGGAGCUGGUCACGAUGCAUGAUUUGAUCAUGAAAGAAACGAACAUACAAUUGUUUGAACUCAAUCAAACAACACUGAUGAAAUGGUGAGUUCAACAUAAUACAAUUCAAAGACUUCAAAUGUUUCAACACCUACCUAAAAUAUACAAUUAGGUAGCUGUUGAAACAUUUGAAGUCUUUGGCUAUUCGAAGAAGCUAUCACGCUGCAACCACUUGAGAUCAGUGGCUGCAACCUACUUAUCUUGUAUCAUAAUACAAUUCAAAUAUUAUAUCACCGUAUCAAACAAUUUAUAUGUACUCAUUCACUGCAUUUAAGGUGGAAUGAUCGUCAAAGACAUAUCGAGUGCAGAAUUCUCACCCAAGGUCUGCCAGAACCACCACCACGAACUGCCCCAAAGCCCGACCUACCACCAGCCAAGCGACUCCUACCAAAGCCACAACCAACUCCACCACCUCCUCACCAAUUUGUAACCAUCACCACCUAA